AAAUUUUUGUAUUAUGUUUAAGAAGUUAAAAUUUUUUAUAAUAUUGAAAAUAUAAAUUGUAUAUUUAUGUAAUUUUUUGAAAAAUUAACACAUAAUCUAUUCUGAAUAUUGAUUGGGGCACAUAGAAAACGGGGGCUGAGACAUCUGCUUUACUCGUAUGACCAACCUUAUACAAGCUAUUUUGAAAUACUUGGAACUAAAUCUUGAUCUUAUAUGUUUGGUUCCUUCUAAAAAAUGCUGCGAUCAAUGUUAACGGUCUUUCCCUCUAAGAUUAAAACCCGCAACUAUUCGAAUACAAUUAUAAUUGCAAUAACAAAUUCCCCACAACCUGUUCGACGUAAUGCCUCAACAGAAUACAUGUUACUACAGCAGCAGCAUAACCCAACUUCAGCUUACGUUCACCUCCCAUUCUGUCGAAAGCGUUGUCACUACUGUGACUUCCCAAUCGUCGCUCUCGGGUUAUCUUCACCUCACGGAGAUGAAGACGAAGACGACCCCCGAAUUGUUAACUACAUUGACUACCUAUGUAGAGAAAUUAAAGCCACUUCAGUACCUUCAAACUACAACAAGUCACCUAUGGAAACCGUCUUUUUUGGCGGAGGUACACCUUCACUUGUGCCACCAAGAUUAGUAUCUCUAGUCCUGGAGACGUUGGACGCUAAAUUUGGGGUGUGUACGGAUGCUGAAAUUUCGAUAGAAAUGGAUCCUGGUACAUUUGAUGUUGAAAAAUUGAAAGAUUUGAUGAAUUUGGGUGUCAAUAGGGUGUCUUUAGGAGUUCAGGCGUUUCAGGAGGAGUUGCUAAAGAGUUGUGGGAGAGCGCACGGUGUACGGGAAAUUCAUGAGGCUAUUGAUAUUGUUGGAUCAUGUGGUGUUGAGAAUUGGAGUGUGGAUCUUAUAUCUUCGCUUCCGCAUCAGAAAUCACAUAUGUGGGAAGAAAGUUUGAGCCUCACUAUUCAAGCAAAACCGACGCACGUGUCGGUUUAUGAUUUGCAAGUUGAGCAAGAUACAAAGUUUGGAUCUUUGUAUACAGCAGGGGAAUUCCCUCUGCCUUGUGAAAAUCAAUCUGCUGAUUUUUACAGAAUGGCCUCUGAAAUGCUAAGAGAUGCUGGCUAUGAGCACUAUGAGAUAAGUAGCUACUGCAAAAGUGGUUAUCAAUGCAAGCACAAUUACACAUACUGGAUAAACAAACCAUUUUAUGCUUUUGGACUUGGAUCAGCCAGUUAUCUUAAUGGAUUAAGGUUUUCAAGGCCAAGGAAGCUGAAAGAUUACAAGGAUUAUGUGCAAAAUUUGGAGAAUGGACUAGUAAACUGUUUCCAGGACAGUAAAGUAGAUGCCCAAGACAUAGCAAUGGAUGUCGUUAUGCUGUCUUUGAGAACUGCUAGGGGGUUGGAUAUGAAGUCAUUUGGCAAAGCUUUUGGCAGCUCGACUAUUCUUUCCGUUUGUGAGGUCUAUAAGCCUCAUAUUGAGAGUGGACAUGUUGUCUGCUUGGAUGAGCAGAGGAGGGAAAUUGCGGCAGAAGAAUUCAGCUCUUUGUUAUCGGAAGGAAACAAGAUCAAUGAGGUGUUGGCAUAUAUCAGGCUUAGUGACCCUGAUGGUUUCUUAUUAUCUAAUGAGUUAAUAUCCCUCGCGUUCAAUGUGUUAGCUCCAUAAGUUUCAGCCUGGAUGGUUCAGAAGUUAGCAACGCCGGUUAGAGACAGGAGACUGCCAAUACUUGGAUGCCAUCAGUUGAUUGGUGUCUCUAAGAUCUAUCAAGAUAUGGGGUGGGUGGAACCUUCAAUAGAGCAAAGGCAGGUGUGUAUGGGAUUUACUGCUGAAUAUGUACAAAUUGUGUAUGACUCAAUUAAAGUCGUCCAUUAAGCUUGUCCUACUAUUAAUACACAUGAUACUCUCCUUACACCUAUCUGUUGUAAGCCGGGGGUCCAUCGAAAACAAUUUCUCUACAUCAUUUGAGGUAGAGAUAUGGAUUGCGUACACUUUACCCUCCUCAGACCUCACUUUGUGGGAAUUCAGUGGGUAUGUUGGUAGUCGUAUACUCUCCUUACAUAAAAAACAAAUGAUUUUAAGGUUUUCUAUCUAUAUCAUUGACAUUACUUUGAAUUAAUCUCCUAUUUAUUCA